AGCCCGCUCCGAGCACUACACGGAUCUUUUGCCAAUUAAUUCGACCCAAAAGCUGACAAAGUUGCUAUCUGCCAGGUUAUCUGUCUUGAAUCCGCUGUUAUUCCCGUGUAUUCCGAGCAUCCAAGAAUCCAAGCAUCUUAUUGGCAGACGUUUAUUGAAGGCUCCAUCUAUUGGUAGACGCUAGCACCAUUGACACUCCAAGAAACUUAUACCUUAAACACAUUGUCCUAAUAGACGCCUCACAUCCAAAAACCGCCUCUUCAUGUCUGAUCUUAUACAACCGCUCGAAGUCGAUUACGAGGCUUUACCUGAAUCCGCUUCGGUGAUGGCGCACCUCGGCGCCGGGGCCAUUGCUGGGAUCAUGGAGCACACGCUCAUGUUUCCGAUCGACUCGAUCAAAACCAGAGCGCAGAUCGCGGCAAACCUCAGACAGCCGUCGGGAAUGCUCGAGGCAUUUUCGCGGAUUUCCGCGACGGAAGGCGCGCUCGUGUUGUGGCGCGGCGUGUCGUCGGUGAUUUUGGGCGCGGGUCCGGCGCAUGCGUUGUACUUUUCCGUGUUCGAGGCGACCAAGACCUUCCUCUGCAAUCAUUUUGUGAACGCCGAACACAACGCAAACAUCAUUACGGACGAAAACCACCCUUUCAUUGCCGCGGCGUCGGGGAUGGCUGGUACAACGGCUGCGGAUGCAUUGAUGACACCCUUUGACGUCAUGAAGCAACGUAUGCAGAUCUCCGCGGGCCACGGAUCCGUCUCGGUGCUCGCCCGACACAUGUUCCGUACCGAGGGCUUUCGCUCGUUCUACAUCUCGUAUCCCACCACGCUUCUCAUGAACAUCCCGUUUGCCGCGCUUAACUUUGGAUUCUAUGAGUACUCAUCUGAGCUAUUGAACCCGGAAAACAAGUACAACCCGAUGGUACAUUGUGUCGCCGGUGGUGUAUCCGGGGCCAUUGCCGCGGCGAUCACUAACCCAAUUGAUUGCGUCAAGACCGUGUUGCAGACCAAGGGCGCCAGCACGGACGCGAAUAUUCGCACCAACGUCAAGGGUUUCAGCAGUGCUGCAAAGGUUAUCAUAGAUCAGGCCGGCUACCGUGGUUUCCUCCGAGGCAUGGCUCCAAGGGUCGUCUUCAACAUCCCGGCGACCGCCAUUUCCUGGACCGCCUACGAGAUGGCCAAGGCGUAUUUGAUCCGCGGCAACACCAAGUUGGAGUAGCUGUAUAUACGAGAACCUCAUUGGAGAACACACCUGUAUUUAGUAAUGCAAAUCUAGAGAUGACCAAAGGCAAGAUGUGGGAAGAAAUGAUUACAUGAGCGGUACCUGUAGUUGGCAACGAAGGGCGGGGAGUUUUACAACGAUUUUAGAGAGUAGUUGUACCGCGGGAGGGAAAAGGGGUAGGUAUAUGUAAGUCCUCACGGGAGUAUGCCCACGCUUCGCCACACCCCCACCGUUAAUGCCUGAACGUUAAUCAUGCACUACAAGCUUCGCCGAUAACCAUUAAUAUACACUAAACACUCCAUAGAGCCUACAUAGCAAUUCUAGGCUAUGCUACCGU